UAAUAGCUGCGGCACAUCCCAUGUUCUCGGAACGCGGUACGAUGGGGCCAUAGGUGGCACAUAUACGCUGGAGGUGGAGGACGAGGUGGUCGCCUUAGCGAUAGUGCAGUCAGUUGUUCAGCCAGGGAACUAGCAUCAUCCGCGGGUGGUGCCGUGGACCCUGUUGCAGCUGUCGGCAAGGGGCCCCAAACUGACCCUGGCACCCACUCAUUCUGGUCGUGUUUCAGGUACAGCCAGCCAAGCAGGGCUUGAGGGCAUCCUUCAGUCUUGCCGCACCAUUGCGGCAGGUCGGCACCGAUGGCCGUUGGCGACAUCGCAGCAUUAGAACAGUUUCGCACACCACUCAAAAACGGUACAUUUCGAAAGUUAAACAAUGAAAAUGGUUCCCGUUUGUGAUGUCGGACGUGUCUUCUUUGUCCCCUACGUCGCCUAGCUGCGGCAUGGAUAAGUAUGAGCAGUUAGCAGUGGUGGGCGAGGGUUCUUACGGCGUUGUACUAAAGUGUCGGCGGCGAGACAAUGGACAAUUGGUGGCCAUUAAAAAGUUUCUUGAGACAGAGGAUGACGCUGCUGUCAGGAAGAUGGCCCUCAGGGAAAUACGAAUGCUCAAGAAACUUCGACAUGACCAUUUGGUGAACAUGAUCGAAGUGUUUCGUCGCAAGCGACGGUUCUACCUAGUCUUUGAGUAUUUGGAUCACACAUUGUUAGAUGAGCUGGAGUCUUCACCGGGUGGUCUAGGCGAAGAUAAGGCUAAGAAGCACCUUUAUCAGCUUCUGAAGGGCAUCGAUUACUGCCAUCACAAUUCUAUAAUCCAUCGUGAUGUUAAACCAGAAAAUGUUCUGGUAUCAAACGCGGGAGUGGUGAAGCUGUGCGACUUAGGAUUCGCACGUGCUCUAGCUGCGCCCGGAGAGCCUUAUACGGAAUACGUAGCCACCAGAUAUGGUCCAGAAGUCGACAUUUGGGCGAUCGGGUGCUUAUUUUCGGAGAUGCUGACGGGGGAUCCACUAUUCCCUGGAGAUUCUGACAUUGAUCAGCUCGCUCUUAUUAUAAAGACUGUUGGCAAGUUGGCGCCUCGGCAUCAGCAAGUGGUAUCACGACUCGCGGGUGGCGCGGCGCUCGCGGGGGCGGAGGCUCGACGAAGCGUCCUGCCUGGCGUAGGGCUAGCGCGGGACCUGCUCGCCGCUUGCCUGAGGACUGAGCCUCGUGCACGUCCUCAAGCUUCCGCGCUUUUGAGACACAAAUAUUUUACAACAGAUGGCUUUGCGGAAAAUUUUAAUGCGGAACUUAGAAAAAAAUUAGGAAAGGAAAUAGAGGUGAGCAUGAUGCAUCAAAUUGGUUAA